GUCCAUUGAAUAGGAAAAUACUCCACAGCACCGGAUAUUUCCUCAGUGCCUCCAAAGGCUCCUCGAAUUCGAAAGGGUGUCGUACCGAAUUCCUCUGUCUUGGUAGAUCUCUCGAUCACGAGAGGUCGGAUCUGGCUUCUCUGCCAAGCGAAGAAGAGAAGACCAUGGCGGUUCCGGUAGCUCCUGUCUGCUACGUCGGAGUCGCUGGCCAGUGCCUCGCCUUCCACUUCAUGAGACAAACGGUACCGUCUUUAAUUAGCGUUUGCGAACUUAUAUUUGCUUGUAUUUGUGUUUACUGUUACUUAGCGGAUUGUUUAGAUGGUGUCGCUAGGGUGGGAUUAAGAAACCAUGGCGGUGGCGGAAGGUCCUGGUACGUCGGAGUCGCUUGCCAGUGGCCCGCCCUCCUCUUCAUGAAACAAACGGUACGGUCUCUAAUUAGCGGAUGCGAACUUAUAUUUACUUGUAUUUGUG